GCAUCCUGGACCAGCUAGGUACGGGGAACUCGAUCAGGCGCUCACUGCGAAGAUUCCUUGGCAGUGCAAGAUGGGACAAGGAUUUGGCCAUACUUCGCUCAUGAGAUAACAGGAGGGAGCAUCAUCACUUCCAUUUGACCUUGGCAUCAUUUGCCUCUGGCUGCAACUUUGGUUGAUUCUUUUUGAUUGGUUCCAACUUCUUUCUGCUUACUUCAAUCAUUCAUGCGUCGCCUUGGCAACCAGUGCCUUUGGGUUUCAUGAAACUGUAAUGAUUGUUGCCUUCGCAUUGAUCGAGACCCCAAGCCGAAAGCAACGAGUACCAACAGUGCAAAAAGUGAGGCCAUGUCUGACGACUUCCUCUCGGGAGUCUCUUUUCGACACCUGCAUCGAAUCACCUGAAAUAGACAGAAGUGUGAAUGAACCAAGCCAUUCGCAGAUACUAAACCAAGCGGUACGUUCGUUCCUUGAAAGGCGGUUUUAGAGUACCGCGAGGGAAGGGACGGAAGCCGGUGAGGGGCCAGGCUUAGGCAAGAAGAGGACAAUAAUCUAUCUAGACAAAAACUUAAUUCACUGAUAAUAUUUAUUUGAAAAGACAGUCAGAAAACAAACAGCAUUAGACUUUGCAAUACCCACCAACAUGAGCAGCUGGAGAAAACUAAAUAAUAAACGGCACAUUCAUUUGGCAUUUGGUCUUGCCAUCUAUGCCUUUAGCAUGUGCUAUCAAUGGCAGGAUGUCAUACGAGCCAAUACACGGAACAUGGCGGCUGUUGACACCAUGCAGAACUUAAGAAUGGCAGCACACCCGAAGCUGUUAGACGCCGAGGAAAUGAUUGAAAGCAUGCCACAGAUUGACGAUGUGCCUCCAAAGAAUUCCACCAUUGUGCCCUAUCCGCCCAUUAAUCAUCUCAAUGAGACCAAACGAACCACUCCAACACAACUGCCUCUACGCAAACAUGUUGUGGCUGUUAGACCUGAAGACUCAAAACCACCCAAACAAUGGACAGUCGACCCGAAAUUCAAGGGACAAAAGCAUGAAAAGCAGCCUCAACAGCAGCAGAAGGAAAAGAGCAGCUCAAAACAAGAUCUAUCUAAGGAUUCUGAUUCUCCAAAGGAGCAAGACAAGAGCAUGUCAGAGGUGGAAACGCCGAAGCCUCAAAGUCGCAUCCACAUGUCUCAAAAUAUCACAGUAGACAGCCCUCUUUUUGUACUAAGCUUUGCCAAUCAUGGCAAUGUGGCCCUCACUCGUUACUUUUGCUGUGCCGGACUCGACUCAGAUACAUUUGGGCGCACCUUUGUGGAUCACAGAAAUGGCCAAUACAAGUACAUUGGUGAUUGCAUGAUGCGUAACCUUGAGAGCCCCAAGAAGGAAAACGAUCUGAAGCGGCUGGGUUCCAAAGCCGUUUUGGAUGGGUGUGGUGCCUACAAAGUGUGGUCGGAAAUGGAAUUUGUCACACACCAUCGACAUACAGAUGUCAAGGCACCACGCAAAUGCUUCUUCCCAGCUUUGCAGCCCAAGGUCUUGAAUCAGCUCUUUGAGGCAUACCCCACAUCCAAAGUGCUGAAUGUCAUCCGAGACCCAGAUGAAUGGUAUCAUACCUUGUCGCCCCAAGAGAAACAGCGUUGGUUCAAAUGGUGCAAUGCCAACCAUGGAUAUGUCUUUCCCGAAGCUACUGCUCCCAAACAGGCAUGGAUCAGCUUUUACAAAAACUACCAAAAGAUACUCGGAGAAGCUGUGGCCAAACAUCCUUCUGUUACUUAUAUUGAAGUGGAUAUGACUGCUGGACCAGGGAAGACUGCCUCCAUGCUCCAAGAUGAGUUGGGAAUCCCCCCAAGAUGCUGGGUCGGUGCAGCAGUCAAACCAGGGUUGCCAAAGGAAAUAACAUUUCCGGUUUUUGUUGCAUCACUACCCAAGAGUGCCACAAGCACUUCACAUGACUAUCUCAACUGUGGUUUGGGCUCCUUAGAAGGCUCCCACCAAUGGACAGCAUACGCUGACACAGGCAAAAGUGUCACUGUAGGUGAAUGUUGGCGCGAUAACAUUCGACAUAAUCGGCCUAUUCUGGAGAACUGUGGUGAUCAGAAGCACUGGUCUGAUUUUGGCAUCUUAAAACCUGGGAACCAAUGCUUCUAUCCCACUAUUGAUGGUGGAUUGGAGGCAAUGUACAAGGACCAUCCGUAUGCCACUAUUCUACACACCACACGAGAUUCCAAGAAGUGGUAUGGGUCAGCCAGGAAAUGGGCAAACAUCUUGGGUCGUUGGAAGGACAACUGCCGCGGAUUUCCAAAUGCCACUGUGGCGGAUGAAACUGCUUGGACUGAUUUCUACGACUGGCACACAGAGCAUGUGAGGCAAUUUGCCAAGACGCAUCCAACCAUGACUUAUGUUGAGAUAAAGAUUGAAGAUGAGGGUAAGACACAAAAGACUUUGGAUGACAACUUUGGCUUCUCAAGGACCUGCUGGGGACAUUCGAAUGUGAACCCCCACAAAGAGGACAAAAAGAAGCAGAAGAACAUCCCAAGCAUGUACACUCUUGAUCAAAAGUCUGUGAAGCUGACCCAAGGACCAGCUCAGAUCUCCGAUGCUUGACGCCUCUCGUCACUACAAAGCUGGCGUCACCGAAUGCAUGCGCUCCGACUUCGUUAAUACAAGAUCACUAAAGUACUUAUCAUAGAUUUCUUCUUGG